GUCGGUUGUGGAUUGUGUCAGUUGCAAAUUGUAAAGUGAAACAUGGCUACACACAGCGAGGUCGGGGUAGCCGAUUUUGUCCUUUUGGACGAAAUUACUAUUGAAAAAUUUAUGGCUAAUUUAAAACUAAGAUACCAGCACGCAAAUGUUUACACCUAUAUUGGCGAAGUAUGUGUUUCGGUCAAUCCUUACCGGCCCAUGAACAUAUAUGGAGCAAACUACGUCACACAAUACAAAGGGCGCGAGUUGUUCGAAAAUCCUCCCCACAUUUUUGCGAUAGCAGAUAGCGCUUACAAGACUCUGAAGCAGAAGGAAACGGACACCUGCAUUGUAAUCAGCGGAGAAUCAGGUUCUGGUAAAACAGAAGCCUCCAAAAUUAUUAUGAAGUACAUUGCAGCAGUAACUAAUCAGGGGCAACAAGCGGAAAUCGAAAGGGUAAAGAAUGUGUUAAUUCAGUCAAAUUCAAUUUUGGAAACAUUCGGAAAUGCCAAAACUAACCGCAACGAUAAUUCAUCCAGAUUUGGAAAAUAUAUGGAUAUCAGUUUUGAUUUUAAAGGCGAUCCAGUCGGUGGUCACAUCACAAACUACUUGCUUGAAAAAUCUCGAGUUAUUCAGCAACAAGCAGGAGAAAGAAACUUUCACAGCUUUUAUCAGUUAAUAAAAGGAUCAGUCGAAUCUGAUUUGAAAAAGUAUAAUCUAUCAAGAGAUCCUGCCUUAUAUCACUACACUUCUCAGGGCAGCGCGUCCAAUGUCGAUUCAAUAAAUGACAAAAGUGAUUUUAAAACCACUUGUAAUGGAAUGAAAACACUAGGUUUUUCGGUUGACGAAUGUGAUACUGCAUGGAGAAUUGUUGCUGCAAUUUUGCAUCUGGGAAACGUAUCCUUUGCUGCCGACCAAGACAAAAUAGUAAUAUCUGAUAAAAAGCAAAUGAACUAUGUCUCAACCUUACUAAAAGUGACGGACCGUGAAUUGAACGAAGCCCUAACUCAGCGCGUAAUCGCUGCCAGAGGUGAUGUUAUGCGCAAAAAUCACAACUUAUCAGAAGCCGAAUACGGACGAGAUGCCUUGGCUAAAGCUAUAUAUGUUAAAUUAUUCACUUGGAUUGUUGAGAAAAUAAAUAAUGUUAUUCAAGUUUCCCAAAAUGUAGAAACUCGAUACAAUCGUGUUAUUGGGGUUCUUGAUAUUUACGGAUUUGAGAUCUUUGACAAUAACAGUUUCGAACAGUUUUGUAUUAAUUAUUGUAAUGAAAAAUUGCAGCAACUGUUUAUAGAGUUGGUUCUUAAACAAGAGCAAGAAGAGUAUAGAAGGGAAGGAAUCGAAUGGAAAAAUAUUGAUUACUUCAAUAAUAAGGUGAUUUGUGACCUGGUUGAACAACCUCAUGUUGGCGUAAUAGCAAUUUUGGACGAAGCUUGCUUGAAUGUAGGAAAAGUUACUGACGAAAUGCUCUUGGAAGCGAUGGAUAAAAAAUUAAGCGUACAUGCCCAUUAUUCGAGUAGACAACUUAAACCUAUGGAUAAACAAUUAAAACACAAAGAACAUUUUAGAAUAACCCAUUAUGCAGGUGAUGUGAUAUACAGCAUAAAAGGAUUCUUAGAUAAGAACAAGGAUACUCUGUUUCAAGAUUUCAAAAGAUUGCUGUAUAAUUCUUCAGAUCCUAUAAUUAAAAAUAUGUGGCCUGAAGGAGCAUUGGACAUCACCAAAACAACCAAAAGGCCGAAGACUGCCGGAACACUCUUCUGCAAUUCAAUGUUAGCUUUGGUCGAAACUUUAAGUUCAAAAGAACCAUUUUACGUUCGAUGCAUUAAACCAAAUGACAUAAAAAGUCCGACUAUAUUUGAUGACGAACGAUGCAAACAUCAGGUUUCAUAUUUGGGUCUCGUUGAGAACGUAAGAGUACGUCGCGCCGGAUUUGCAUACAGGCAGAGAUACGAUCGAUUCCUAAAACGAUACAAGAUGAUCUCUGAAUACACAUGGCCUAAUUUCCGUAAUGGUAAUGAUAAAGACGGCACUCGUGUUCUGCUGGAACAGAAAGGUUUUGGAAAGGAUGUCAAAUAUGGACAUACAAAAAUAUACGAAAGGUCACCAAAAACACUAUUAGCAUUAGAAAAAGCUCGCAAUGAAAUGAUGCCAGGAAUAAUAAUUCUGAUUCAGAAGCAAAUUCGAGGAUACAUUUGCAGAGAACAAUACAAACGUAUGAAAGCGGCUCAUGCAAUUAUCAAAUUCUACAGGAGGUACAAACUGCGUAGUUAUGUAAGCGAAAUGAAUCAAAAGUUCCAACAUGCCGAAAGAAUGCGUGAUUAUGGAAAAAGCAUUGUUUGGCCAAAACCACCUCUCAAGGGCAUUGAAGAGCCUUUGAGAAAAAUUUACCAGAGGUGGCGAUCGUAUAAGAUUCUAAGCUGCGUACCGAAGGAAGAAUGGCCUCAAUUAAGAAUAAAAGUGGCUGCAGCUUCAGUUUUGAAUAAACGAGCAGAAUGGGGUCAAAAUCGAAGAUGGCUUGGUGAUUACAUGACCAAUCUUAAUGAGAAUCCAGUUUAUAAUUUAUACAAUGCAACCGUACAUAAUUUAAAGAACACAGACCGAUUUUCAACAGUAAUGUUCUCUUGCACCGUCCGCAAAUUCAAUAGAUUCAAUAAAAGCUGAUCGUGUUUACUAGUCACAGAUAAUUCAUUUUACAAAAUUGACGCAGUAAAGUUCAAAUCAAUGAAAAAACCAGUGCCAAUUCAAAAUAUUGCAAGCGUGUCUGUGACUAAUGGCCCUGAUCAAUUGGUGGUAAUACAUUCUCCACUUGGAAAUGAUCUCGUUGUAUGCUUGUUGCCAAUGGCUACAUCACCAAUGUCAUCAUUAGGAGCUGUAAAUGGAAACUAUGACUAUUCGAUGACAAAUAUUAAUAGUAUGACGCCUGGAACUAAAUUAUAUCCAGAGGAUCGUGUUGGAGAAUUAGUAGGAGUUUUAUGUAACAGAUAUUCCAAAUUAACUGGUCAAGAAUUAAGAGUGAAUAUUCAACAAAGCUUUCCUUGCAUGUUAGGUAAUAAGACAAAACAUUAUACACAAGUAUUUCACCUAACAGAUGAUUCAAAAGGUAGGAAAGGUGUUAAAAAGAGAUUAAUUCAAGAGAAUAAAUAUAGUAAACCUUCUGCUUUAGCUGAUAUUAACGAAGACUGGACACAUGUGUAA